AUGAUUUUACUGAAAAAAUUGUACAAUGUUGUUUCUAGCCAGGAUGAUAGUUUCGUCAAGGUAAAGUUGAAACCAAUGUUGUCAGAAUUUACAUUCAAUAUGAUUAUUAGAAUGGUUGCAGGAAAACAAUACAAUAUUGGAGAAGAAGUGACAGGAAAACUAGAAGGAAAAAGACUACAGAAGCUUGUAGAAGAUCUUUUUCAGGCGGGGGUCUCAGGAAAUAUAGGAGAUUUUUUCCCUUCAUUGCAGUGGAUUGAUUUUCAAGGAUUCAAGAAGAAUACAGUGAGACUUUUCAAAGAAACAGAUGCAUUCUUGCAAGAUUUGAAUGAUGAGCAUAGAAUGAAUAAAGGUGAUUUUGAGAGGGAAGACACUAUGAUCAGCCAUUUUCUUUCUUUGCAAGAAUCACAGCCUGAGUAUUACACUGAUGAAAACAUCAAAGCCCAGAUGAUGGACAUGCUAAAUGCAUCCAUAGAUACGAUAGUCUCAACUAUAGAAUGGAGCAUGUCAAAUUUACUCAACAAUCCAAACGCAUUGGAAAAGACUAUAGCUGAGGUAGACUGCCUUGUUGGCCAAGACAAAUUGCUAGAUGAAGUUCAUGAUCUACGCAAACUAAAUUAUUUACAAAACGUAAUCUCUGAGACCCUUCGACUGCACACGAUAGCACCACUCUUAAUCCCCCAUAGAUCCUCGGAUAAUUGUACCCUAGGCGGGUAUCACAUUCCUAAGGACACUAUGCUGUUCGUUAAUGCAUGGGCAAUUCACAGGGAUCCCAAGCUGUGGGAUGAACCAACAAGUUUUAGGCCCGACAGGUUUGGAAAUGGAGAAAUUGAUCAUGAAACUAAUUAUAAGCUAAUGCCAUUUGGGAUGGGAAGGAGGUCUUGCCCGGGAAUGGAUCUAGCUCGCCGUACUGUUGGCUUGGUUUUGGGGUUACUGAUUCAGUGCUUUGAGUGGAAAAGAGUUGGUGAAAAGGAAAUUGACAUGACUGAAGGCAAAGGUGUAACUAUGCCUAAAGCUGAACCUUUAGAGGCUUUGUGCAAAGCAGGCGACAUGGCAAAUAAGCUGCUGUCUUGA